AUGGCCGCCGCCGCUGGGGAUCCCGCCGUCCAGGGCCUUCAGGGGAGGGGGAGGAGGCAGCCAUCACUGCUGCCCCUGCAGCCCGGCAACGAGAGGUUCCCCGAUUUUUGUUUACACGGCGCCCAGUAUAGCAGCGACGACGCCUAUUGCUCGAACCAGCAGGAGCCUGGGCAUCAUCAGCACUUGGAGAACAGAGACGAUAUUUACCACCCGCAUCAUCACCAGAAGCAUCAACAUCGUCUCAGCCAACAGCAGCAGCAGCAGGAUACCCCCGGUUCACCUUCUGCUUCGCCAUCUGCAUCGUCCCGCUUAUCGUGCAUCUCUACCGUAUCCGUCUCAUCCUCCAGAUACUCGUCCGCAUCUUUCGAGUCGGCCUCAUCCCCUGUCUCCGCAUCAACCUCCAUCGCCGACGGCCUCUCCUCACGCCCACAAUCCUCCUGUUUCUCCUCGCCCGUCGCUGGCCCCGUCGCCCGCUCCCGAACUCUCACAAACACCUCUUCGUCUUCGUCUCCGUCCUCACCGACCCCGCGCAGCCGGCGGGACAAGUCACAACUGCAUGCGGCGCGACUGCAGCGAUCUGGGAGCACAAGUACAAGUCUAUCGUUGGGCCUCCACAAGGCAAAGAAACCCUCAAAGUCGCGGAGGUUUUCGCCCAGUUCCAGCACCCCAGCUGACGCUCUCGCUGCCGUCGAGCCCCCGCAUGAUCAAGGCCUGACGAGGAUGGCGUUUGCGGAGCAGCAACAAUGGGUCAAGGUCCAGCAAAAGACCUUUACAAAAUGGCUCAACAGCAAGAUUGAGGCACGCGCCCUCGUGGUUCAGGACCUGGUGGAGGAUCUCAGCGAUGGUGUCAUUCUCAUUCACCUCCUCGAAUGUCUUUCACACGAGUCACUCGGUCGCUAUGCCUCAAAGCCCAAACUCAGAGUGCAAAUGUUUGAGAAUGCCAACCUGGCGCUCGACUAUAUCAAGUCCAGGGGCAUCCAGCUGACAAACAUCGGCGCCGAAGAUGUCGUCAACAGAAACCAAAAGAUCAUACUGGGUCUCAUUUGGACUCUCAUUCUACGCUUCACCAUCAAUGACAUCAACGAGGAGGGCAUGUCGGCCAAGGAGGGUCUUCUGCUCUGGUGUCAACGAAAGACGGCGUGUUACGACGAGGUCGAGGUUCGAGACUUUAGCGCCAGCUGGAAUGACGGUUUGGCCUUCUGCGCUCUCCUGGAUAUCCACCGACCCGACCUGAUCGACUACGACGCCCUGGACAAGUCAGAUCAUCGAGGCAACAUGCAGCUAGCAUUCGAUAUCGCACAUAAGGAGAUUGGUAUCCCCAGCCUGCUGGAUGUGGAAGAUGUGUGCGACGUGGCCAAGCCCGAUGAGAAGAGUUUGAUGACGUACAUUGCCUACUGGUUCCAUGCCUUCUCGCAGAUGGAAAAGGUGGAAAACGCUGGACGCCGUGUCGAAAAGUUUGUCAAUAACAUGCAAGGCGCCUGGGAGAUGCAGAGUGCCUACGAGCGGCGGAUGCGAGCCUUGCUCAAGGCCAUCCAAGAGCAGAUCGAGGGGUGGAAGCAGUCCAAGUUUGAGGGAACUUAUGUCGACGCAAAGGCUCAAGCAAACCAGUUCGCCGAGUACAAGAGGGGUCUGAAGAGACAAUGGGUUGCUGAGAAGAGUGACCUGGCGACUCUACUAGGCAACAUCAAGACAAAGCUGGGUACAUAUCGUUUGCGGCCGUAUGACCCUCCGGCCGAGUUGAGUCUGGAAGCUCUCGAGAGGAAGUGGGCGGAGCUGGCAUCUGCAGAGAUGACACGCGCCCAGCUCAUCAACGAGACAAUCCGAGACAUCAAGAACGCCCUUCGCAAAUCCUUCGCUGACAAGGCAAAUGACUUUGCAAUGGCCCUCAACACAAUGCAACUGGCGCUUUCAGGCCUCGACGGUGACGUCGAAGAUCAGCUACACCACGUGAGGAAGCUGAGCGAGAGCCUGGCACCCCUAGACCAAUACCUCGAGAAGAUUGCGGUGGUGGACGAAAAGUGUCAAGAAGCCAACAUUGAGGAGAACGACUUUACUACCUAUACAUACGACGAGCUUGUAUACGAGCUCGGCCUUGUCAAGACGUCGGUGCAGAAGAAGCUUGCCUUUUUGGAGAACCAGAUGGUGGCGCGAAGCAUGACGAACCUAACACCUAUUCAGCUGGAGGAGUUUGAGAGUGUCUUCCGCCACUUCGACCGCGAUGACACAAACUCCCUACAAGAGCUCGAGUUUAGCGCGGCCCUUGCAUCGCUGGGACUGGUAUUCUCCGAGGAUGAGAUGCAUGACUACUUUGUCGAGACGUCCAACGGCCGCGAGUAUGUCACAUUCGAGCAGUUCAUCCGCUUCAUGGUGGAUGUAACUGAGGAUCAGAAUACGGCGGAGCAAGUGUUCCAGUCGUUCCGCGAAGUGGCAGAUGGCAAGCCAUACGUGACAGAGAUGGACCUACGGCAUAGUCUGGUGCCUGACGAGGUGAUUGACCAGCUGAUCGAGAUCAUGCCGGAGCACAACGGACCAGACAUGUCGGAAGACCGGGGGAUGCCGCAGUACGACUACAUCAGCUUCAUGGAGAAGCUCAUCAACGAUCAACAAGACGGGCAGGACGGCUCAGAGGCGGCCCUGCAGGACAGGACGAAUCUCGAGCAGAGGAGCCCUGUCGCAGAGACACACACGAACGGAGCCUAG